AUGUCUCAACUAUUCUCUCAAGCCCUUUCGGAAACCCAGUCACAAAAUCCGACUCAAACUCACGGCCGUCAUCCGUCCUCGACAACCAUUUCCCUGACGAAGUUUUCCCACGCGACCUGCGCGCCUGGAGCACGCACUUUUACUUGGACACACAUUGGGCAGAGGGAUGACUUGGCCCUUACAUUUUGCGGUGCGCGUCUUAUUGAUCACCAUGGCAAUCUCGCUGAUCGCUUCUUGAUGAAGAUCAACGCCGGUGCCGAGUUACUGGAAACUCAAGACUUGGGAGACCUUGUCAGUCACCUGAGAGACUUUGAUCAGUCCUCUGGAGCUGAACCUCCAGUCCAAGUUGUCGUUAAAUGUCCAUUCUUGGCUAUGAGAUAUCCCAAGAACCACACAAGUGUUCGUCGAGUUCAGAUCAAGUUCAAGAAUGAGUCUGACUAUCACGUUGCGUUGAACGUUCUCAAAGAUCUUGGCUUGCCUAUCUCUGACAACGUGCCUCCUCGUGUAGUCGUUACUCCGGCUCCAUCCACGGUAUCCUCGACUUCUACUUUUAGCUCAGGCACUCUCAGAGAUUCGAUCAGCAGACCGUCUUCAGCUAUGCCGAGCCUUGGUUCAUCGUUCGGGCUUCCGCUACAGUCUCCAGCUGUCCCAGGGUUCACAAACGCUCCCCUAUUCCCCAACCAGUCCACAGCUCCUUCGUCAACUCCAUUCAGCGAAAUGCGUCAACAGGCAUCUGUUGUGAUGAGACCAGCUUCAACAUCCGCUCUUGGCCCAACGCAGUCUCUUUAUUUUCCUCAAAUGUAUAGAGAGAUUCGUCCUCUGUCUGUUCCCGGUGGACCUGACACAAUGUCGAGAACGAUGUCAGCGUCUCCAUUUUUCAACAAGGACGAUUUUGGAGGUAUGGGUGGGAUUACAGAAGAUCCAUUCAGUCAGAAGCAAGACCGUUCAGCUUCACUCGAGUUCACAAUUCCGCCAAAGCGUAAACUGCCCUUUUCCACAACACCGAUUCUUCCACCGAAGGUGUCGCCUGUAAAAGAAACCAUACUUGCGCCAAAGCCUCAACCACGUGCUUCGACCCCAACACACAAGCCGGUGAAAAAGAGAGUUGCCAGUCGGAAACCACCUCCUACGAUGAAGGCAUUAGUCGCAGAAAAGGAAUCUUCUCCAGUCGCCAACAAAGACACAACAGUAGCUGCGCUUCCAGAUUCAGAGACCCCCAAAUUACAGCCCAAGACUGCUCCAGCGAAAAAACGAGUCACAGCAUCUACACGGCCCCCCUCUGUUAGUAAACGCUCGAAGAUGGUAGAUUGCGCAACUCAAACUCAAACACUGUCGGGAUGUGAUCAUACUGCUCUUCAAAGAACCACCUCUUGCGAAAGCGAUCCCGGUCUUACCACUUCGGAAGCUCCUACUCCUCCAUCACCAGAAUCACCCCCUGAAAAUUACCUCAAUGCGAUAGACACAUUCGUGGCAAAGUGCAAAGGUCGUCCGGCACCAAAAGAGCUCUGGCAAUCACCGGGAUAUGAGGACGCCAGUCAAGGAGAGCGUGAUGUUUUGCUGAGUGAUUACAUUUGCGACAAUCUGGACAAUGAAGGGUUUAUCAAGCUCUGCGAGGAUACUGAACGGGCCUGGCGACGGAUUGGGCUCGGAAUGUGA